CUCCGUUCUUUAACUUGCUUGCGUUUCGGUGUUAAAGGUCACGUUUCGCGCGGGAAGGGGGCGCCUGGACUCGGUUUGUGUUAGUAUGACGAAGAGAGCCAGCCCGUUCGGGGACAUCGCGCCGCUGCAGUGGAAAGUCUACGUGACCCAGAGAGAGCUGAGUGAAGGCGUGCUUGGGGAGAAGUACAAGCGGGAAGUGUAUGAAAAAACCAAGAGCUUGCUGUUCAAUGGAGCCCAGUCUUUUAUGGGAGAUUUAUGGACUGGUAACUUGGAUGAAAAGUAUACGCUGAACCCCAUACUUGUUGAGGAUAACUACAUGAAGGAACCUGAAAGUAUUUGUAACAGUGAUCAUGACUUGCUCCAAGGGCAGACAUUUCUAGGACAAAAUGGACAACUUUUAAGGGGUUUAUCGUGUUUGCAAAAAUCAUCCAUCAAGACAGCAGUUACAAACUGCUUUAUCUGUCUGAAGCCAUCCAAUUUCAAGAAACCUUGUUCACGGUGUGACCACUUACUAUGCCAGGAUUGCAUCAAAGUGUGUGAUCACUGCACGAGGAAUUUCUGUUCAAUAUGUUCAUUUGCAGAUUAUAAUGAUGCUGAGGACAAAGUGUUCUGCUAUGACUGUGUCUCGUGAAAGCAACAUGUUGGAAGAUUUGUGGACUUUUGUAUGGGGAAUUUAUCACAUUAAGUGAUUUCCACUUGUGUAUAAAUGGAAGCAAUUCUGCAGUGUAAUAUACUGUUUUAAUUUUGUAUUUUGUAAUAAAGUUUUUUAACUGUUUGCAAAACUUUACUGUUAGGUACACACUUGUUCUCUAACAAAUGAAGAAAAAUAUUCAUCAACUUUUACUUUAGUGUUGGUGUUUGCAUACAGCAGAAUGCAUGGGUUGGGGAUGGGUAUUUCCCUCUAAUAGUUAGUCUAAUUACUGAUCUGGUCUAACAGGUUCAAAGUAGCUGUGCAGAAAAACUGCCUGGGACUUUGCAGAUCUUGUCAGUUUUUUCUGUAUUAAUGGAUAUGACAAUUAAUACUCAUUAUAAUUAAAAAUGGAAUUACAGAGUUGGUUGUUUAAGAGUUGGUUGAAUUUCAGACCUGGUGAGUUUCAAGGGGUGCUAUUGGUGUUUUUUGAGCAAAUUUGUACAGUAUCAGUCUGCUGUAACAGAUGAAAAUACUUAUUGAAGGAUGGAAGUCUUUGACCAAGGUGCAACUGAAUGUUGGAUAGCUAUUGAAAUAUUCAAAGUAUUCACCAAUUACUUCAGUCUUUUUUAAUUUGCAAAAUGACUGCAUUGCCAAAUCUCUAGAAACAAAGCAAGUUGUAUGAAUGAAAUUAACCCCACCCCCACACUUUGCAAGCCCAAAUCCAUCAUCUCCUGCUUUAUGGACCUUCAAAACCAUCAUUGCUUUCAAUUUCUGGAGAUUGGCUCUGGUCUAUCUCAUUACAAGUGUCAAUCAGGAAUUUAAUGAAAUUAGUAUAGUACUAAAAUUAACUUCAAAUUGGUAAAACCGCUUCUCAUGCAUUCUGCCUUAAACCCAUGGUUUUGUGGUCAUUGAGCAAGUUUAUGGAGAUGGAGUGAUGACUCUUUGCAGUUAAAGUAUCCUGCAGGUUAAGUCUGCUUCAGUGUUAUAAAAGGAUGGUCAGUAAUAGGAUUUUAUUUUGAAUGGGUGCUAAAGCACUAAAUGCAUUCCUUUAGGAAGAGCCAUGGAGUUGGGACUAAUGUUCCUUAGGAAGAGCCAUGGAGUUGGGACUAAUGUUCCUCAGGAAGAGCCAUGGAGUUGGGACUAAUGUUGCUGAUGGUAAAGCAGCACUGUUCUCACACCUUUGUGCCUGCUUGGUUCAGGUGUUUGUUUCUUUACUAGAAAAUGUAAAUGCCACUUGGAAUAAUUAUCAACAUUAAUUGUUUUAGUUAAUAUGAAAACAUUUUUUAACCGAGCUGGCCCACAUCGGUACAUAAUUUACCCUAUCCUCUCUCUGAAUUGGUGUAGCAUCUGAGUGGGAAAACAAUUGCUAAAAUGUGAGACGUGAGAGGAGAUUCAACAGUUCAGGUUUUUCAAGCUGCACUUUCUUGCCACUAGAGUGUAGUAGUAAGCUACAAAUAACACCUUGAAUUGAAUUAGAGCUUAAGACACUGAUCAUUUGCUACACGCUAGUUCAAAACUAAUGCCUUUAACCUGGCUGUAAGAUACUUGGCAACCAUAGCAAUUCAAUUGAGAUUUUUUUGGGGGGGUAUUUGGUAAUAUCUACAUGUGAAGCUGCUCAUAUGUAUUGACAUGAUUGGGAGAUGAACAGCCUAAAAGGAUUAAGGCUACUUAACCCUCUGUUUUAGUGAUAUUUUGACUUGGAUCCAGUGCCGAUUUUGUCAAAUGUGCAGAUUUGAAUAUUGUAGACUUAAAGUAAUGAAAUGUUGCAACAUAUUAAUAGCUUUUUUAGUGUUUAAAUGCAAAUUUAACAUUACUGUAUUUAUUUUGUAAGUAAUUUUAAAUUGGACAUUUAAUUCAUCUAAGCCACUUUAUAAAUGAGCUAAAAAUUCAAUCUGUUAUGAACUUGUAAUCUCUGAAUUCAGUGUAAUUGUAGGAAACUAACUUUAUGUUUGUUAAAUAAGUAGCAGAUUAAGGAAUAACAUUGUCUCAAUUUUAGACUGAGUAAGGUUAGACUUCAUCCUUCUGAACUUCUACUGUUUUUUAUCUUGAUUUUAAGUCUGCUGUCCUAAAUGACCAUAUGAGUUGGAACACAUCUAUGCACUGAAUAUCUUGACUAUUGUUUACUUUAAUUGGCUUUUUAAAUUCUUAGAUUCUUUUAAUAAAGUAAACUUUUACCUAUAGAGUACUGACUUUUGCAAUUACAACCCCUCUUUAAAGGGGAAUUGUAUCUGAGAUUUCAAUAAAGCACUUUUAU